CAACCCUCGAGCGGACCUGAGGUUCAGACGGCUCGCGACGGGGUCGGCACGUGAGUCUGGAGCGGCACAUCAUAGGGUCUGAAUGCGCGCGAGGAGCUGAACACCGUCCGAGACCACACCUCAAAACCCACCGAUUAAUUGAUCCGGGAUCGAUACUACGAAGCCAAGGACAACCCAAAGCGAAGUCCUCCUCCUCCUCCUCCUCCCUCCUCCCCUCUCUGCUCGCCGCUCCUCUCCCCUCCUCCUCCUCAUGCUCAGCUCAGUCUGUGUCUCCUCUUUCAAAGGGCGCAAGGGUGGGAAUAAGUCGUCCAACAAAGCAUGUUACAGCGCAGACAUGACUUGUCCGUCGGAAAGCGAGAAAAUCGUGAUCAACUGUGGCGGGGUGCGGCACGAGACAUACCGGAGCACCCUAAAAACGUUACCGGGCACCCGCCUGUCGUUCCUCACUGAGCCGGACGCCUACAAUAACUUCGACUACGACCCCAAACUGGACGAGUUCUUCUUCGAUCGCCACCCGUCCGUUUUCUCCUUCAUCCUCAACUACUACCGCACGGGCAAGCUGCACUGCCCCAACGACGUGUGCGGACCGCUCUUCGAGGAGGAGCUGGCCUUCUGGGGCAUCGACGAGACGGACGUGGAGGCUUGCUGCUGGAUGAACUACCGCCAGCACCGGGACGCGGAGGAGGCGCUGGACAGCUUCGAGAACCCCGAGCCCGAGGCGCCGGAGGAUGACCCGGCGCUGUGCGGGGCGGACGGGGACCUGAAGCGGCUGUGCAUGCAGGAGGAUGCGCGGAGGGCGGGUUGGUGGAAGACCUGGCAGCCCAAGAUAUGGGCUCUGUUCGAGGACCCAUACUCCUCCAAAUACGCCCGGUACGUGGCGUUUGGAUCCCUGCUCUUCAUCCUCAUCUCCAUCUCCACCUUCUGCAUGGAGACGCACGAGGCCUUCAACACCAUCUACAACCGGACGGAGAACGUCACGGUGGGGAACACCACCCACGAGGAGAUCGUCUACGAGGUGGUGACCGACAGCUGGCUGACCUACGUGGAGGGCAUGUGCGUGAUCUGGUUCACCAUCGAGGUGCUCCUCCGGGUGACCUUCUGCCCGGACAAGGCCGAGUUCUUCAAGAGCACCCUGAACAUCAUCGACUUCGUGGCCAUCCUGCCCUUCUACCUGGAGGUGGGCCUCAGCGGCCUGUCCUCCAAGGCCGCCAAGGACGUGCUGGGCUUCCUGCGCGUGGUGCGCUUCGUGCGCAUCCUGCGUAUCUUCAAGCUGACGCGCCACUUUGUGGGGCUGCGCGUGCUCGGCCACACGCUGCGCGCCAGCACCAACGAGUUCCUGCUGCUCAUCAUCUUCCUGGCGCUGGGCGUCCUGAUCUUCGCCACCAUGAUCUACUACGCCGAGCGCAUCGGCGCCGACCCCGACGACCCCACCGCCGCCAAGCACACCAACUUCAAGAACAUCCCCAUCGGCUUCUGGUGGGCCGUGGUCACCAUGACCACGCUGGGCUACGGGGACAUGUACCCCGAGACCUGGUCGGGCAUGCUGGUGGGGGCGCUGUGCGCUCUGGCCGGCGUGCUGACCAUCGCCAUGCCCGUGCCCGUCAUCGUCAACAACUUUGGGAUGUACUACUCCCUGGCCAUGGCCAAGCAGAAGCUGCCCAAGAAGAAGAACAAGCACAUCCCCCGCGCGCCACAACCCGGAUCCCCCAACUACUGCAAGCCCGACGCCCUCGCGAUGGCAACCGCAUCGCCGCAAAGGCUCCUGGGAAAUGUGCUAGGUGGCGUCAUAGGAUCUGGAGGAUUGGCGGGAGACUGCCCCCUGGCUCAGGAGGAGAUUAUAGAGAUCAACAGAGACUCCAAGCAGAACGGCGACGCCGCCUCGGCCGCCCUGGCCAACGAGGACUGCCCCAACAUCGACCAGGUGCUGAGCCCCGACGAGAGGAGCCCCGCCGUGAGGGGGGGUCCGGGGGGCGGCGGGGGGGGGCUGGGGAACAGCCGCGAGCGCUACCAGCAGGACCGCGCCUGCUUCCUCCUCAACACCAGGGAGUUCCGCACCACCGAUGGCAACGUUCGCAAAGAGCUGAGCCCAGUGUCCCCUCUGACGGAGGACUGGUAUAAGAUGGAGGGGUCUCUGCUACAGCAGGACCUCAAUGCUAACGCCACCUCCUCCUGGAUCAAACCCUAAGAGGAGCAGAGUGUUGAGUUUCUAGUGGUUCCUUCUAACGAGGGCAGAUGGAUGGAGAGUCCUCGCUGGGCCCGACCUGAGGGACCAGAGCCCUGGCUGGAGACAAGAGACCAUCUGCACGCCUUCUUACCAAAACCAACCAACUAAAUUAUCAUCAGAAUGGAGAAUCUUCACCCUCACUUUACACCUUCUCCAGCGUUCUCCAGGACAUCCCGACAGACUUUGCACUCACUCACUUUGGGAGAAAGAGACUUCCUGUCACAUGAAACAUUUCGAAAGACAUCACGCGCAGUUCCGUGCUCCAUCUUGCAGCAGAAUGACGGACUGACCCACUGAGCAACUUCCCCCCCCAUCAUUGUAGCAUCUCCGCUAACAAACUGUAGCAUUUGUUGACUGGGAACUCUUGUUCGUUGUCCUCAACAGCUUGGCGGGAGGAUUUUAUGCAUUGGGAGAUGUUGGAGAUGGUAUUCUCCACCUAAACUAUUUCAUUCACAUGUCGAAUCGUACGUGAGUGACAGAGAAACAGUCUUAACUCUCAGAACUUUCAAUGUCCCAUAAGAUAUUUUUCCAUCAACUUGGUAAAAACAAAACAGACACAACCUACACACAAACUACCCUAUAUGUAUGUAUAUAUAUUUAUAUAUAUAUAUAUAUAUAUAUAUACAUAUAUGUAUAUGUGUGUGUGUAUGAUGUGGAAAUGCCAUCGCGAUGCCCCACAUUUACAUUCAUAUCCAGCGAGGAGUUCCCUCCUUCUGGUAAAAACCAAGUCUUCCAUCCGCUUCCGAUACACUCGCGUCCAGAAAAACAUAGCGCUCAACUGCACUAAGCACCAACCCUCAUGUAGCAUCUGCACCAAACACAGCCCUGACCGCGCCUGAUUUAUCACAACAUAUGCAACUAGAGGAUAAGCCUGGCAUUCUCUGUCUCUCAUGUGGCGAUGUGUACCCUACCUACCUGCCUGGUGGUGGGCACGGGAGUCUUAAUGUUUUUGCUCCACCCUCCCCUUCCCCAGAAAUACGCACAUGAUAGACAAUGUCCGACAGCCUCGCUCACAUCAAUCACAAGGAGAAGAGAUGAAGGAGACAAAGCUCAUAGAUCCCAGACCACACGGCGAGAAGGACACUGCCACGUCCUACCUAGGAGUCAAUCUUCUCAAAUGGGCCAAUCAUGAGAGACGAUUCACCUUGACAGGAAGCCUACACUGCCAAUGAGGCACCAGAACCCCUGAGACACCUACUGCCCCUGUCUCUCUCUUGCCCCCUAGCUGCCAGAGGCUGCUCCAGAGCUAGUCUAGCCUACGGUGAGGAGAUGAUGGACGACCAAGGGAAACCCUCCAGGGAAACCCUCCAGGGAGACGCUCCGGAGACGAUGGGACCAAGACCAGAGCGUAACAGGAUAAAGGAUAUGUACAAAGAGAACAUUUAUAUUUUAAUAAACUAAAGGCUGGGAUAUCUGAGGAAGAUUGACAGCAGCACAUGAGAAAGAAAAAAACAAAACAAAGAAAAAUAUGCUUACUUUAGUGAUUAACUAAGUUGGCGACUAACAUGAGAGGAGAAGGAUGUUGAAGGCAUAGUAAGAAGUUCCCCUGGAGAGUGGAAGUUUCAACGCUCCUGAGUAUGAACAAGACCCUGACACAAAACAAAUGGUUAAAAGAACAAAAGAUAAUGCAUUUUUCUAACUUUGGUAACCAGCAUGACUACACUGCAUGCCUGUCUUUCCUGCAAGCCCUUAGUUGAACACAAGGGGUGCUAGAGACACAAAAAAUAUAUACAAAAUGAAUUUAAAAAAAUGUUAUAUGCAAUUAAUGUUAAAAAAAGAUUAUAAAGAAAGAGAAGAGCUAUAUUUUGUUUUGAAAAGUAAACAAUGUGAAUAUUGAAACAUGUGUGUUUAAACAAUGUUUUGUUCAAUGAAAUCUCUGCUAUUACUGCCCCUCAUGUUCUCAUGUAGACUGUGUUCCGAGUUGUGCUCAUUCAAUCAAAAGGAUCGUCAACCCUUUAGCGCACCAUAGCAUCCUACAGCUGGGAGGACCCCUGGCGUAGCAGCAGCAGCUACUUCAUCCUUUACUCUAUCUGCUUUUUCCUUUGGCAAUAAUAAACAAGCGUUGUCAUUUGAUUGUAGCACGGCCAGAGGAGGUACGCUAGUCAUCUCAGCACCGACCAGUGGGGGGGAGGGCUUUGUCCCCGGCCCCUUCCCCUUCCCUGAGAAGUUGGGAGAAGAGGUGAACGUAUCCAAUCACUGGCCAGUGUCUGGUCACAGGUGAUAACUUAUUGGUCCUUAGUCAAGAGAGAUUUUCGGUUUGCAUGGAACCGGCUGUUGUUCCUAUCGUGUGUUGAGAGGACUCAGGUGUUGUAGUGAUUGCUGUGGACGUCGCUGGUUGGCUGGUAUUUUUCUUACUCAUCAAUUCUAGUAUAUAAUGAUAACGUGAACACCUCACAGUGAUGCAUGCGUUGUUACUUGAUUGUUGACCUCUGUAGGGGGAAGUAGUUCCCGUCGCCCCCCCAGGGACUCGUUAAGAGAACACUGUGUCCCAGAGCACAUCCGUCUUCCGUGGUGGGCUAACUGCCACCCCGAUACCCUGGGGGGGGGGGCGGGCGAGAGUGUGUGAAGGUAGCUCGUCUUGUGCCGUGUUCGUACGUUAGGUGGUAAGGUCCCGCAUCCAACCCCCGUCGUACGUCAGGUGGUUCGGUCCUGCAUCCAGUCCCAUCGUCUUGUCCGUCGUCUUGCGAGCUGGCAGCUCCCCGCGUCACAUGACACAAUCAUGCAAGCACCCGCCAUAGCGACCAAGAGCUUCCAAACUGAUGUCACUGAGGUACUUUAUAAAGGCUGCCGCCGGAGUCCACUUGGCCCAGGCUGCCUCAGCUCUGACCAGUGGUUCCCCUUGUUUCAGGUCCAGCCGUCAGGUCCCGGCAGGUCCAGGCCUGUCCCUGCUGGUCCAGAGAGUUGCUAGGAUCCAAGCUACAGAGGGUGGGGUGUAGGCACGGUAGCAGCUACUGAAGGGUUUAGCCGGGUCUUCGCUGGUUGUACAGGCUCUCGAUUUUUUGCUUUUACUUGGGAUAAAAAAUGGACCGUGGUAUUUUCUGUUCCCUUUCAGAUUAAAACUAGGAUAUCGGUUCCGACGUAGAAGGCACUCUCAGUGAGAUGUGGAUAUCUUGGAGGUCUACGGUCUCUCUGCAGCCUGAGAUCCGCAUGGCAAAGUGAAGCUACCAUCUCACCACUAGUCUGUUGUUGAGUCGGCCAUCAUGUCAUUGUGCCCAUGCCACAACCUGGCUCUUGUUCUAUGCGUGAUACUGCCAUUGAUUAGAAUGACCGACAGUGGCUAAAUGCUAAGUCUGUUUUUCAUGACGAGGGGUCUAACACAGUUGUGAUGUAUAAUCUCAGAUUGGUUCCUUACCCUUUGAUCGGUGUGCCUGGUUUUUUUAAACCAAUUUGUUCAUAGUGUGAUUUACUUUUGUAUGAAUGUACGAUCACCACCUUGUUUCCACCGACACACUGCCAGUGUGGGCCCCAUGUGCGCUCAGGGGCCCCGGUUUGAAUUGUUUAUGUGGAACCAUGUGCCCUAGAGACUAUUACUAAUCCAUUUCCACCAAAAUUGAUCAUGAGGUAGUUGUUUUGGUUAUGAAUGUGUUUUACGUUUUUAAGAAAACGGAAUACACUGGAUGUAAAGGUUACAUUCCCGCAUAGAUAAACAUUCCAAAUGGUAAUAGUGAAACUAAAAGUGCUAUUAUUCACAUGCAUUUGUUAUUAUCGUAAGCAUUCCAAAGAUACAAUGUGUUCUUGUUAACUCACAUGCUGUAACCUGAUGUAAAGCAGACUUAGUGAUUGGUCCAUUUUACUGUUGCCAUGGAGAAUAUAUAUGAGUGUAUGUGUGUGUGUGUUGGGGGGGUGGGGGGGGUGGGUAAGCGGUUACUGGUGUGUCUGAACGAGACUUAUGCCGGAUUUUAUUUUUGAAAUGUUGGAUCACAAAGAUGACUCGUCUAAACUGUAUAAAGUAUAUUUCAACGGAAUGUUCAUGAUCUAUCUUUUUAUAUUUUGAAGAGAAAAAAACCGAAACAUAUCAAUAAAGUGUCACAACUGAACAGAUCUGGACUGAAGAGACUUAUAAUGUAUGAAUGUCAAAACUAUCUAAUGUGAAGCUGAAUAGCAGCUGUAUUCAGAUGUUUUUACAAAGACAUUAUUCCUUAAAAUCAUCAAAAUGAACUUUAAAUAAAUGAAAAAGUAAAUGGCG